CCAUCCGGCGGAAAAGCCAAGAAAGUCACUGCCGUGGUAAAGCUGGCUCUGGAGGCAGGGAAGGCGACGCCGGCUCCACCUGUAGGACCCGCAUUGGGUGCGAAAGGUGUCAACAUCAUGGCUUUUUGUAAGGAUUAUAAUGCCAGGACUGCAGAUAAAGCCGGUUAUAUCAUUCCUGUUGAAGUCACCAUCUUUGAUGAUAAAAGCUUCACCUUUGUCUUGAAGACACCACCUGCUUCAGUGUUGCUACUAAAGGCAGCUGGAGCGGAAAAAGGUUCCAAGGACCCGCAGAAGGUGAGAGUGGGGAAAGUCACUAUUGAUCAGCUGAGGGCAAUUGCUCAAGAAAAGUUGCCAGAUCUGAACUGUUCAAGUAUUGAGUCAGCAAUGAGGAUUAUAGCCGGCACAGCAGCUAAUAUGGGCAUCGAUGUUGACCCUCCCAUUCUUCAACAAAAGGAGAAAGUAGCUUUGUGAAUCACGUAGUUUCUGUUUCCCUUAGAUCUUCCUUUGUCUUGCCCAUCACACAUCACAGUUUGCACUCUUCUCCCAUGUUUCUUAGUUUACCUUAUAGGGAGUAGAAUGCAUUAUAGUUAUUCAUUUGAUGGGUGGCUAGCCAUGACCUGAAAAUGGAAGAGUGAAUUGUUGAUGGAAAGUGAGAUAUGGCUGUAUGUAUGUGUUUGGACUUGCAAUAGAAGUUCUAGACUUGCAGAGAAUAUACAAACUAUGUAUGGCGCACAGUAGGGAUGGAACAAGACUGGGACUGAAUGGGUGAAAAGCGGGGCACCCGUUCUUUUGGUCCCGUUACUGGUCCAAGCAGCUUGCGAUGGUUAAGUGAUAUUAGGCUAUAACUAAUUUUGGUUAUGAUUUUUUACAUUAUUUAUUAUCAUAGGCUUAAAAUUGCUGUCAAUCCCAAAUUCUUUUGGGAAUGAGGCUUGUAUGUUGUUGUAUAAGCUUAAAAAUUGAUCUGAAACCAAUUAGAACUGGAACCGGCUGGCCCUGAAAAAGACACGAACAGGUCUGGGUCCAUCACUCCAUCCUCGUGUAAAAUGCCUCUUUUCUAGCUCUAUAAAAGGUUCAAUGGAAAAAGUGUUUGUGAUGUAACAA